GGGUUAAGGGCGGGGGGCGGCGGGGGGAGAGGCGGCUCCGCCCGCUCCUGCUGCGCCCGCGGUCCCCGGGAGAUAUUGUCAUGCAAAAGCCCCCGACGCCGCCAGCCAUUGUCUCCCCGUCGCCGGGCCGGUAUAUUACGGGGCUCGGCGGCCCGGGGCGGGCGCGGCCGUGCAUGGAGCGGCGGCCGGGGGCUUCGGGGCCGGGGUCGGCGGGCAGGCGGCCGAGGUAACCGGGGCCGGGGCCGGGCGGCGGCUCCUCCGCUCGCCGCUCCAUGUUCGCCAUGGACUACUCCUACCUCAACUCGUACGACUCCUGCGUGGCGGCCAUGGAGGCGUCCGCCUACGAUUUCAGCUCCUGCAGCCAGGCCAACACGUUCCAGUACAGCCCCAUGCGGGGGGGCUUCGGGGCCAGCCCGGCCUGCCCCCCCCUCGCCUCCGCCAACUGCGCGCUGGGCGCCCUGCGCGACCACCAGCCCUCGCCCUACUCGGCAGUGCCCUACAAAUUCUUCUCGGACCCGUCGGGCAUCAACGAGAAGCGGAAGCAGCGGCGGAUCCGGACCACGUUCACCAGCUCGCAGCUGAAGGAGCUGGAGAGGGUCUUUGCCGAGACGCACUACCCCGACAUCUACACGCGCGAGGAGCUGGCCCUCAAGAUCGACCUCACCGAGGCGCGGGUGCAGGUCUGGUUCCAGAACCGCCGGGCCAAAUUCCGCAAGCAGGAGCGCGCGGCCAACGCCAAGGGCUCGGGCACCGGCGGCGGGGGCGGCAACGGCAGCGCCGGCAACGCCGCCACCAAGAAACCGGAGCCGCGCUCGUCCUCGGAGGACGACGAAUCCAAGGAGUCGAACUGCAGCCCGACCCCCGACAGCACGGCCUCGCUGCCCGCAGCCGCCAACCUGGGCAGCCCCGGGGGUAGCCUGAGCCCCAGCCCGGGCGGGGGGCAACCUUUGGGGUCCGGCCACCACCCCCCGCAGCCCCUCAAGGCGCCUCCGCUGUGGCCGGGGGUCAGCACCAGCAGCGGUGCCGCCAACACGGCCGAGCUGCUGAAAGCGUGGCAGCCGGCCGAAGCCAUGCCCGGACCUUUCUCCGGCGUCCUCUCCUCCUUCCACAGGAAGCCCAACGGCCUCAAGACAAACCUCUUCUGAUCCAAAAUUCCCCCCCCAAACCCCCCCUUCAUCCUCCUCUUCCUCCUCUUCCUCGCCCACCCAGCUUCUGCCCCUCGCCCCCCGCUCCCCCAGCGCCCCGGGGACCCCGCGGUGCCGCCCCGCAAACCGCUGCUGGAGGGGGCCAGGAUGGGUCCCCCCCCCCUCCACGUCCCCAUCCCUGCGCAACCCCGGACCCCCACCCUGGCUCCCUGGGGGGCUGAGGGACCCCCACCCUCACCCGGACCCCCCCGGGAUGCUCCAUUUUUUUUUUUGGGGGGGGGGGCACAGCUCCAUGCGCCCCCUGCCCAGGGUGCCGCCGGCACCGCGGAUGCUGCAGGAGCAGGGGGGGAGCGCAGGGGGGGUCAGCAGCCCCAGGACAAAUUUUUUUUUGGGGGGGGGGGCUGCAGCCACCCCCAGCCCGGAUGAGGUGCCCCAGGCGUGCCCAUCGCUCCUGCACGUUUUGGGG